UCCCGGCGCUCGUGACGUAGAGCCGUACACCGGUGCGUGGUGACGCAGGGGUGUGCGCUCGGUGGUUAAUCCGGGGAGAUGGCGGCUGCUGCUAUAGAGGAGAGGGAUUGAGAGGGGUGGAGGGAGGAGGCGAGAGGAGAGACGUUCCCAACGGUGAACACGAGCGCUGCGCUCGCCCUUCACUAGGAGCUGUGCUCCGCGCCGAGUGUCCUAGAGCGAAAACAUCACCAUGGCUACAGAAAUUGGUUCUCCUCCUCGUUUUUUCCAUAUGCCAAGGUUCCAACAUCAGGCACCUCGACAACUGUUUUAUAAGCGACCUGAUUUUGCACAGCAGCAAGCAAUGCAGCAGCUUACUUUUGAUGGAAAACGAAUGAGAAAAGCAGUAAACCGAAAAACGAUAGACUAUAAUCCGUCUGUAAUUAAGUAUUUGGAGAAUAGAAUAUGGCAAAGAGACCAGAGAGAUAUGAGGGCAAUUCAGCCUGACGCAGGUUAUUAUAAUGAUCUGGUCCCACCUAUAGGGAUGUUGAAUAAUCCUAUGAAUGCAGUAACAACAAAAUUUGUUAGAACAUCAACCAAUAAAGUAAAGUGUCCAGUAUUUGUUGUUAGGUGGACUCCAGAGGGAAGACGGUUGGUCACUGGAGCUUCUAGUGGAGAGUUCACCUUGUGGAAUGGACUCACUUUCAAUUUUGAAACAAUACUACAGGCUCACGAUAGCCCAGUGAGGGCCAUGACUUGGUCACAUAAUGACAUGUGGAUGUUGACAGCAGACCACGGAGGAUAUGUGAAAUAUUGGCAAUCGAACAUGAACAACGUCAAGAUGUUCCAGGCACAUAAGGAGGCGAUUAGAGAGGCCAGUUUCUCACCCACGGAUAAUAAAUUUGCUACAUGCUCUGAUGACGGCACUGUUAGAAUCUGGGACUUUCUUCGUUGCCAUGAGGAAAGAAUUCUCCGAGGGCAUGGUGCUGAUGUGAAAUGUGUAGACUGGCAUCCAACAAAAGGGUUAGUUGUUUCAGGAAGUAAAGAUAGUCAACAGCCAAUCAAGUUCUGGGAUCCCAAGACUGGGCAGAGUCUUGCAACACUUCAUGCCCAUAAAAACACAGUGAUGGAAGUAAAAUUAAAUCUCAAUGGCAAUUGGCUACUUACAGCAUCACGUGACCAUCUUUGUAAACUUUUUGAUAUCAGAAACCUGAAAGAAGAGCUUCAAGUCUUCCGAGGUCAUAAGAAAGAAGCCACAGCUGUGGCCUGGCAUCCUGUUCACGAAGGACUUUUUGCCAGUGGAGGGUCCGAUGGCUCUUUGCUCUUCUGGCAUGUUGGGGUAGAGAAGGAAGUGGGCGGGAUGGAGAUGGCUCACGAAGGAAUGAUCUGGAGUCUGGCGUGGCAUCCUCUUGGACAUAUCCUCUGCUCAGGCUCAAAUGACCAUACCAGCAAAUUCUGGACCCGAAACCGACCAGGUGAUAAAAUGCGUGAUCGCUAUAAUCUAAACCUAUUACCAGGAAUGUCAGAAGAUGGAGUAGAAUAUGAUGACCUUGAACCUAAUAGCCUGGCAGUAAUCCCAGGGAUGGGAAUACCAGAACAACUUAAAUUAGCCAUGGAACAAGAGCAGAUGGGGAAAGAUGAGUCAAAUGAAAUUGAAAUGACAAUUCCAGGUUUAGAUUGGGGAAUGGAGGAAGUGAUGCAAAAGGAUCAGAAAAAAGUGCCUCAGAAGAAAGUUCCUUAUGCAAAGCCCAUCCCUGCGCAGUUCCAGCAGGCUUGGAUGCAAAAUAAAGUUCCAAUUCCUGCCCCAAACGAGGUACUGAAUGACAGAAAAGAGGACAUUAAAUUGGAAGAGAAGAAAAAAACGCAAGCAGAAAUUGAGCAAGAAAUGGCCACAUUACAGUAUACUAACCCGCAGCUUCUAGAGCAACUUAAAAUUGAAAGGCUUGCACAAAAACAGGCUGAGCAAGUUCAGCCUCCUCCUGCAUCUGGUACCCCUCUUCUUGGACCCCAGCCCUUUCCAGGACAAGGUCCAAUGUCUCAGAUUCCUCAAGGUUUUCAACAGCCCCAUUCAUCUCAGCAGUUGCCAAUGAACAUGGCUCAAAUGGGGCCUCCAGGUCCACAGGGACAGUUCAGACCCCCUGGACCCCAGGGACAAAUGGGACCACAAGGUCCUCCAUUGCAUCAGGGAGGUGGAGGGCCACAAGGAUUCAUGGGACCACAAGGGCCCCAGGGCCCACCCCAAGGGUUGCCAAGGCCUCAGGACAUACAUGGCCCCCAAGGAAUGCAAAGGCAUCCUGGACCUCAUGGCCCUUUGGGACUUCAAGGACCACCUGGGCCACAGGGUAAUUCUGGUCCUCAAGGUCAUAUGGGUCCUCAAAGCCUACCUGGCCCACAAGGUCACAUCGGCCCCCAAGGCCCACCUGGUCCCCAGGGGCAUAUGGGCCCUCAGGGGCCUCCAGGUACUCAAGGUAUGCAGGGGCCACCUGGUCCCAGAGGAAUGCAAGGACCUCCUCAUCCUCAUGGAAUACAAGGCGGGCCCGGGUCUCAGGGGAUCCAAGGUCCCGUGUCUCAGGGACCUCUGAUGGGACUGAAUCCAAGAGGAAUGCAGGGUCCUCCAGGCCCUCGAGAGAAUCAGGGUCCUACUCCCCAAGGCAUGAUGAUGGGCCACCCACCUCAAGAGAUGAGACCUCAUCCUCCAAGUGGACUACUGGGACAUGGCCCCCAGGAGAUGCGAGGCCCCCAGGAGAUGCGAGGCCCCCAGGAGAUGCGAGGCCCCCAGGAGAUGCGAGGCCCUCAGGAGAUGCGCGCCAUGCAGGGGCCUCCACCUCAAGGGUCCAUGCUGGGCCCUCCCCAGGAGUUGCGAGGACCACCAGGCUCACAAGGACAGCAGGGGCCGCCCCAGGGCUCUCUGGGGCCUCCACCCCAAGGUGGCAUGCAGGGGCCCCCUGGGCCUCAGGGACAGCAGAACCCUGCCCGCGGGCCACAUCCGUCUCAAGGGCAAAUGCCAUUCCAGCAGCAGAAAACAGCUCUACUGGGCGAUGGGCCCCGGGCCCCCUUCAAUCAGGAAGGACAGAGCACAGGCCCCCCACCCCUGAUCCCAGGCCUAGGGCAGCAGGGAGCACAAGGUCGCAUCCCCCCUCUUAACCCUGGACAAGGACCUGGCCCUAACAAAGGUGACUCCCGGGGCCCUCCAAACCACCACAUGGGCCCGCUGUCCGAGAGGCGGCACGAGCAGAGCAGCGGCCCCGAGCACGGUGCCGACAGGGGGCCGUUCCGGGGCGGCCAGGACUGCAGGGGUCCCCCUGAUCGACGCGGCCCUCACCCCGACUUUCCUGACGACUUCAGCAGACCAGAUGACUUCCACCCUGACAAGCGCUUUGGCCACCGAUUACGUGAUUUUGAGGGGCGAGGAGGACCUUUACCACAAGAAGAGAAGUGGAGGCGAGGGGGGCCCGGGCCUCCCUUUCCUCCUGAUCACAGGGAGUUCAGCGAGGGGGACGGCCGGGGCGCAGCCCGGGGCCCGCCAGGGGCAUGGGAAGGCCGCAGACCUGGAGAUGAGCGAUUCCCCCGGGACCCCGAGGACCCACGUUUUCGAGGGCGCAGAGAAGAAAGUUUCAGAAGAGGAGCCCCCCCGAGACACGAAGGCCGGGCUCCCCCCCGAGGAAGGGAUGGCUUUCCUGGUCCUGAUGACUUUGGUCCAGAGGAGAGCUUUGAUGCUUCUGAGGAAGCUGCCCGUGGAAGAGACCUCCGGGGCAGAGGUCGGGGUGCCCCACGAGGAGGAAGGAAGGGUUUACUUCCCACUCCUGAUGAAUUCCCUCGCUUUGAAGGAGGUCGGAAACCAGACUCCUGGGAUGGAAGUCGAGAGCCAGGGCCAGGUCAUGACCAUUUCCGUGAUGCUCCCCGCCCGGACCAUCCCCCUCACGACGGUCAUUCCCCAGCUAGCAGAGAGCGUUCUUCUUCUCUCCAAGGCAUGGACAUGGCAUCAUUGCCACCUCGAAAGCGCCCCUGGCAUGAUGGGCCAGGGACCUCUGAGCAUAGAGAAAUGGAAGCCCCCGGGGGUCCUUCUGAAGAUCGAGGAGGCAAAGGCCGAGGGGGCCCAGGACCUUCCCAAAGAGUGCCAAAAUCUGGGCGUUCCAGCUCCUUGGAUGGAGAUCACCAUGAUGGAUACCACAGAGAUGAACCUUUUGGGGGCCCUCCAGGCAGUGGUACUCCUUCCAGAGGGGUCCGGAGUGGCAGUAACUGGAGUAGAGGGAGUAACAUGAACUCUGGUCCACCACGGCGAGGAGCUUCAAGGGGUGGUGGAAGGGGCCGGUAGAAGUUGGGGUUGAGUCCCCCGCGGCCUCUCUGGACAGUAUUUAAAAACUCCUUGUGGACUUACCAAGAGAAACAAAAGGAAGCCUGCACCUUGUAGCCCUGAACUCUCCUGGGGCAGCGGAGUUCCCGGAGCCCCUGAGGUCUUCAGGGUGAAGAGACUGCUGCUGGCCCCGGAGCAGCUGCCUUGUCUGUCCUGUCCACCUCACUGCCCAGCUCCUGCAUUGUUUUGUGAAGAUAAAAGCUGGAAUUUUUUUUUUUAAGUGUUGCGAGACAAGGAGCACCUCCUCAAAAUUAAGUUCAUGUUCAAUUGGAAAUUUGUUUCUAUAUGUACAGUUUGUCAGAGAAAAAACAUUAAGUUGUUUUUGUAUGAAUACAGAAUGUGAUUUAUGCAAGAAUUAACAGAAAAGAACUAGUUGUGAUGUGCUUGCCUUAAGGAAACCCUGAGUUUCCAUGCAUCCGGUCUGUGGAGGGUGUACAGUUAGUGCUUAUCCUUGUGAGCAUUUUUUUUUCCGCUCUAAGUCUCUAAAUUAAUUUCACCAGUGAACUUUGUUUUUAAACAAAUUCUCAUCCAGCCAUUUUGUAUUUUUGUAAUAGAGUGAGAAAUACCUUAAAACUAUAACAUAGGUUGAAGUAGAUUCAAAGCCUUGGUUAAACAUCUUCUGGCAGAUGGAGAAUUAUACUAUGAAAAUACUCUCAUUAUCCAAGUAGGGGGGGCUCUCCCUUGGGUGCAUCUCCUAGUAAUAACCUUAGACUUGAACUGCCUUGUUUCUGACUAGAGGAACUUGAUGGAAGCCAGAAAUUAACUACAUGUAUCGUUUUGAUGACUGUACAUCACUUCACAAAUUGUUUAAGUUGAAAAGAAUGGACCAAAAUGUCUAAAACAACUUUGUAAAACUUCAAUAAUUGCUUUCUUUUCCAUACCAGCGUUUAUAAGGCUGAGUAUAGUCCUAACUUAAAGCCAGGAAGUUAUUGUCUACAACAAAUUCCUUUAGUUUUAAAUGUUACAUUUGGCCCCAUUUGGAAUGGAUGCCGAAAGUUCAGUUUGAAAGGGCUCCAUAACACUUUCUAUACUGGCCCUUAUUUUGUUUUUAUAAGAGGAAAGUUUCUUUUGGAGUUUGGCAUUGGAGACAAGUCUGCUGGGCAAACUUAGUGGUGCUGGAAGUCUUAGUAGCUGCUUAGAAACUCCCUUUUCUAAGGGAUAGUUUAACAGCAUAUGCAAAAAAUUGUAAAAGCUGUAACUUUUGCAGUGAGAAAAUGGCCGUCACCCAUUCAGGGUAUCAGAUCUCUGAAGUAUAAGUGGAUAAUUUUCUCAUAUUUAUCAGCACCUCACUGCAAACAUGACUGGGUGGCUCAAGA